GCAUCGUGCCAAGGACGACUAAACAACCGAUCGACUUCUAAAAGCGGGAAAACAUAUUCGCGUGUUAUUGACGUCGGGAGACGGACCCUUGAUUGACCAAUAGGAGCACGCGGCCUCGGUUAGCGCCUUGGCGGUCAGGCUUGCUUCUUGUGCCACACUGCCAAUGCGGAGGUGUUUGCCCACCCGAAAUCAUGGCCGCUCCUCCGUCCACUCAUAUAUCGUCGCUAAACGAGGCGCACCCCAAGCCCGAUACUUAAGAACCUUUCCAUCAUCCCACCCCAAUUUCUUUUCCUCCUCCGCUCUUCCUCGAGCUUUUGCCUCUCUCAAGCACAUCCUCAGUCCGACCCCACCACUCUCUUUUGUUCAUCAUGAAAUUCUCCGGAUUGUUGGCCCUCGUUCUUGCCGCUGUCGCUGUCGAAGCAAACCUCCACGCCGAGCGCGAUACUCACGGAGGACAUGCUCAGUUGGCCCGCCGGCUCCCCAAGCAUGCCAGCAAGCAGAAGCGCUGCAAGGUUCGCUCCUCUGCUGCACCGGCAGCGACCCCAAUCGCGGACGUUGCCUCCACCCCGUCCUCCUCCUGGGUCGAUCCCGCUCCCUCGUCUUCCUGGGUUGAUCCCGCCCCCUCGUCCACCUGGGUGGCACCUACUUCCAGCUCUGUUGCCCCAGUCAUCAUGGCCGCUGCUACUCCCGUCGCGGGUGCCGUCGCCGGGUUGAUUUCCGUCGUAUCCAAUACCUGCGGAGCGAGUGGUGCUACCACGGAUAUUACCGCUACUAGCGGCCCUAACGGUGCCAUCACCUGGUUGAACUGUGGACUCGACGGCUCGGGAUGGAACCCGCCCUACAUCCAGGUCUCCGAUCUUAUUUCGGCAGACCUUGGCCAAUCCAUUUCGACCGGUAACAGCCCAUUCAAUGCUUGCUCCGACUAUGUCGAUAUGUUCUACCAGUAUGCCGAACAGAACGGCCUGCCGCCCAUCCUUCUCGCUUCCUUCGCUAUGCAGGAGAGCAGCUGCAACCCUGGCACUGUCGGUGGUGCAGGCGAGCAGGGUCUCAUGCAGUUGACCAAGGAUAAGUGUUACGCCGCCCCAGGUGGAAACUGCCAAGACCCCAACUAUAACAUCAUGACGGGUGCCAAGUUCAUCGCCGAUACUCUCCAGGCCAACGGGGGAGAUGUCUUGAAGACCAUCGGCGCGUACAACGGGUGGUCUACUGACCUUACUUUGUGGCAAGCGACCGCUGCUGCAUCGACGUCUUGCUGCCGCUGCCAGAACAACCUCGACUACCUGCACCAGUUCCUCAACGGUUGGAUGCAGGGCGUUGAUGCCUACACUAAUGUUCCCCGCCUCGGGCAGUACUUCAACCUUGACCAGUGCUAAUUUCGCAUUGUAUAUGUACUCCGCCUUUGCACCCUCCCCCCUUUGGCAUCGGAUUCUCGCCAUUUUGCAGCUAUUUCUGACCCGUGUACCAUAACACUCCUGACACUCUCCCGUCGCCCAUACUAUAAGCAUUGGCGUAAGUAUACCCUGCUAAUCACCUGCAGAACUUUCUUUUUGGUUUGAAUUGGUUCUAACUUCCCCGUGACGGCCGAUCCUUGCACGUCUUGCACAUCCUUACACUAUCC